AUGGUCACAAUUUCUUAUCUUAGGUUACAGAGACUUUCACACCUGCCAAAAAUAAUUCAAGAAAGUAGCAGAUGUAGAGGUAAAAUUACCAAUAGCACGAUAACACCGUUAAAAGAUAACAGAACUUUUAUUAUCUCCCCCUACUUUGAUGACCGAGAAAGCAAAGUCACUCGUGUGAUUGGGAUCGUUCACCAUGAAGAUGUAAAAGAACUAUACUGCUGGUUCUGCUGCCAGCCCAAUGGAAAGAUAUAUGUAUCAAAAGCAAAGAUUGAUGUUCAUGCAGAUAGAUUUGGUUUCCCAUAUGGUGCAGCGGAUAUAGUGUGUUUGGAACCCGAAAACUGUGAUCCAACACAUGUAUCAAUUGAUCAGUCUCCACAUGGAAAUAUUGACCAGCUGCCAAGGUUUGAAAUAAAAAACCGCAAGGCUGAGACCUUUUCUGUUGACUUCACUGUAUGCAUUUCUGCUAUGUUUGGAAAUUACAACAAUGUCCUGCAGUUUAUACAGAGUGUGGAAAUGUACAAGAUUCUUGGGGUACAAAAAGUGGUGAUCUACAAGAACAACUGCAGCCACCUGAUGGAGAAAGUCUUGAACUUUUAUAUGGAAGAAGGAACUGUAGAGAUAAUUCCCUGGCCAAUAAACUCACACCUCAAGGUUUCUUCUAAUUGGCACUUUUCUAUGGAUGCAAAAGACAUUGGCUACUAUGGACAAAUCACAGCUCUAAAUGACUGCAUAUACCGUAACAUGCAGAGGAGCAAGUUUGUGGUUCUUAAUGAUGCUGAUGAAAUAAUCCUUCCCCUUAAGCACCCAGACUGGAAAACAAUGAUGAACAGUCUUGAGGAGCAAAACCCAGGGACUGGCAUUUUCCUCUUUGAGAACCAUAUCUUCCCAGAAACUGUAUCUACUCACGAGUUCAACAUUUCGUCCUGGAAUACAGUGCCGGGUGUUAACAUACUACAGCAUGUUCACAGAGAGCCUGAUAGGAAAGAGGUUUUCAAUCCCAGGAAAAUGAUAAUUGAUCCACGAAAGGUGAUUCAAACCUCAGUCCACUCUGUCCUUCGUGCUUAUGGGAACAGUGUGAAUGUUCCCAUGGAUGUUGCUCUCAUUUAUCAUUGUCGGGUGCCCCUUCAAGGUAACCUUCCCAGAGAAUCUCUCAUCAGAGAUACAACGCUGUGGAGAUACAACUCAUCAUUAAUCAUGAAUGUUAAUAAGGUGCUGUAUCAAACCAUACUGUAA